AUGUUUAAGUGCAGGGUGUGUUCUAUAGUACCCUUUGCCAGUUUCCUUGGUCUUGUAGAAACAGGGGAGGAUGAUGAUAAGCCACAUGUACGCCGCCAAGUCAGCUACGACGACGAUUUGUCGCCAUCUAUGGAUGGCAGUGUAACCAGUUGUUCAGUAUCGGAUAACGAAGCUGCUCGUGACCGUCGUAGUGCGGAGGAAGUGGCAUAUCUAGUGAAAGCAUGGGAUACAUACGUCCAUGAGCGCGCCAAGGCAUUGUGGAAGACGCCUGCAAAACGUUACUCUAUCUUAGCCGGUAUCGCCAAGGAUUGUGCUAGAUCUGACGACCCAGUGCUGGGCAAUGACGUAUCUUGCGUGCGCUGGCACGGUGCCACGGAUAAUGGGAACCCUGUGAUCACCGUCAGUCGCCCCGGUGAAGCUAAAGGAAGCACCACUUAUGUUAGCCGUAUGCUAGUGUUUCUAUUUGCAGGAAUGGAUUCUGUAGGUGUAGAUCCCGCAGUGGAUCGGAGCACGGCCCAGCGGCGUUCGCAGCUGCUGAGCAUGGGCCUUUCUCCAGGUCUUGAUAUGUCUAGCGAAGAAGAGACCCUGCAGAUCCAAGACGCAAAUAUAUCCUCAGUGUUUGACCUAUUCUUACGAACAUACGUAGCUGACGGUGCGCAAGAAUAUGACGAGGACCUAGAAGAGUUCUACGAUGAGUUGUCUGAUGAUGAAGACAUUACAGACAACAAUAUUUCUAGGACAGAAACUGGACAGCCGCUAUUCUACAUGAAGCGCAUAUUUACAUUGGUAUCACGGAUGUCGCACUUAUCUGAAGUUCUGGUAGUUCACCUUGACCACGUUUUGAGAUGGCGUCCACUGGUACAAGACCCGUCACUCAACCUCAACGUACAGCUGUAUCAUUAUUUGGUCAAGUAUUUCCUCAGGGUUCACGAUGUUCUGGAGGACAGGCUGCAGUUGAUAGUAGACGCAUUGGCCUAUUCGAUAAACCGAGAAUCGAAAAAAGUCUAUUUGCAGUUCCUGCAUACACCUAGCGUUAUUUAUCGACUAAAGGAUGUUAGGUGUCACAUGCUAGGUGAACUUAUUUCUAUCCGUGGCCAGGUGACUCGUACAUCCGAUGUACGGCCCGAGCUGAUAAGGGCCACGUUCAAGUGCAAAUCUUGCGGAGGGUUAAUCAAUGACAUACGACAAAACUUCAGGUAUACUCUACCAACCAAGUGCACAACGAACAAUUGCUUGAAUCUACAUGAAUGGGAACUAGUGAUGGAACAGUCACAGUUUUGUGACUGGCAGAAGGUACGUAUACAGGAGAUGGCCCAGGAGUCAGGAGCAGGUUCCAUGCCACGUUCGAUCGACGUAGUGCUACGACACCGUACAGUCGACCGAUUAAAUGCAGGCGACCGUGUGGUUGUUUCCGGAGCACUUAUAGUACUACCCGACGUACCAACUCUCCUCAAACCUGGUGAGAUGCCACGCAAGGUGAACAAACAGGCAAUGCGUCGUUUCGAGUCACAUCUAAUUUCUCAAGGUCUUACUGGCAUUAAGGGUGUGGGUGUCAAAGACUUGAAUCACAAGUUGUCAUUUUUGGCUACACAAGUACGCCGGAUCAAUGAUUUCAAAGCUCCCAGCAACGAAGUGCCCAGCUCCAACGAUGACCACCAAGUGCGUGGUGAAGAUAUUCUCAGGCUGCCUAAUUUCGAAUGGGUACGUCGUAUAGCAGAGUCUCCAAACACUAUUGAUCGUUUGGCAGCCUCGAUUGCUCCCAAUAUUUGGGGCCAUGCAGAGGUUAAAAAGGGUGUCUUGCUCAUGAUGGUGGGUGGUGUACACAAGUCCUCUAGCAACUCAAAGUUGCGUGGUGACAUUAAUGUAUGCUUGGUGGGUGACCCUUCCACUGCCAAGAGUCAGUUCCUCAAAUUUGUUGAGAACUUUGCACCGCGUGCCAUAUACACUUCUGGUAAAGGUUCUACCGCUGCCGGUCUUACAGCUGCUGUUCAUCGAGAUCCAGAUAGUGGCGAGUUCGUACUUGAGGCCGGUGCUCUCAUGUACGCGGAUCAGGGUAUUUGUUGUAUCGAUGAGUUUGACAAGAUGAACGAUCGUGAUCGUGUAGCCAUCCACGAGGCCAUGGAACAACAGACCAUUUCUAUCGCCAAGGCUGGUAUCCAGGCGACGCUUAACGCUCGUGCAUCGGUAUUGGCCGUUUGUAACCCACGUUACGGUAGAUACGACCCAAGCAAAUCUUUUGCCAGCAAUGUGAACCUUCCACCACCCCUUCUGUCACGUUUUGAUCUGUUGUACACUCUACUGGACGAAGCUGAGGAGGGCAUUGACUCAAAAAUCGCAUGGCACAUUACUGGGCUUCAUGGUCCAGGGGCAUACAAGAGUAGCGAGCUGUUGGAAGAUCCAGAGAAGCACGAUAUGGAAGAGGAACCAUUUGAACAGGAAUUUUCACCACCCCUUACACUAGACGAACUGAAGCUGUACAUCGAGCUUGCUAAACGUAUUAAACCGCUUAUGCAUGACGAUGCAAAACACAAGCUAGCUCAUUAUUAUGUGGCUCUCCGCAAUGGUGAUGCUCAGGCUUCCAAGCGUUCUGUGCGUAUAACUGUACGUCAGCUGGAAUCGCUGGUACGGCUUAGUGAGGCCGUGGCACGUCUUAAAUUCUCGGAUCUUGUUGAGGAAUCGCACGUCGAUGAGGCAUACGAAAUCUUCAAUUCAUCUCUGCUACGUCUUUCCAACAAAGAGCUAGUGGUGCUAGACCCGAACACAACCACUGCUAAUGGCGGUAUGACACAGGAGGAUAUGGAACAGUGGAAGGAGCGUCUGGGCUUGGAUGAAACUAAAGAGUCCGCUAAUGACGACUUUAUGCGUAUUGGUAUGAAUGAGUACCAAGCUAUUUCAGCGGUGUUAAUUGAUCGUGUGAGCGAGCACGAGUUGCUUGAAGAAGAGGUUGCAUCAAACGAGUUGGUCGAGUGGUACGUCCAGAACAUUGUCGUUCCACGUACACCCGAGGAUGCUGAUGCAUGGAACCUACGGUUGCAGAGAGUGGUGCAUCGCCUCGUAUAUGUCGACAAGAAGCUAUUGGCUCGUCGCCGCAAGGAUGACAUUCCUAACGUUUUCAGGUUACGCGUUCACCCCAAUUAUUACUCAUCUGCACAUAUUUGGAAGCGCGAUACAACCGUGGAAGUAUUCGACGUGGAAGACGCUCAAGAGACGGAAGGGGAGGUUUCAUCUUAA